AUGCAAACCACACCUUCAUCAGCAUCCAGCUCCCGUUCCGGCAGCAGCAAGAUAGGCGGAGAGUUUGGCGAAAUCAGGGCCGUCAUUGAUAUAGAUAGCUUGAACCUGUACAUCGCAGACCAUAUCCCCCAGAUCAAGACCCCGGUGGCCGUGAAGCAGUUUAAGGGGGGACAGUCCAAUCCGACGUACCUCCUCAUAGACGCAAAGUCAGGAUCCCACAAGUCUUCGUAUAAUUUCGUUUUAACCAUUGAGAACAGGGGUAGCCGCUGGGUUUUGCGCAAGAAGCCAGCAGGAAAACUAGUGUCGAAUGCCGCCCACCAAAUCGAGCGAGAAUACACAAUCCUCGAAGCCAUCCACUGGCAUAACGUCAGGACAACCACGCCUGCGGAGAAGAAGGUGCCCGUCCCGGAACCGUUCGCGUUCUGUGAAGACUUAACAGUCAUCGGCACUCCAUUCUAUCUCAUGGAAUUCCUGGACGGGCGGAUAUUCACCGAUCCGAAGAUGGCGCAAAUCCCGGCCGCUGACCGGAAAGAAUGCUGGCUAUCGGCGAUCCAAGCCCUCGCAGCGCUAUCGUCACUCGACCCAGCGGAAGUUGGUCUGUCGCAUCUGGGCCCACACACACCGUACUUCCCUAGACAAGUCAAAGCUCUCGGUCGCAUCUCGCGAGCACAGGCUGAGAUCACCGACGCCAGGUCGGGAAAACCUGUGGGACAGCUGCCCAUGUUCGAAGAAGUGAUGGAGUGGUUCGGCUCCCAUCUCCCCGAUGAGCGGAAGACAGGGCUGAGGAUCGUUCACGGAGACUACAAAAUCGAAAACCUAGUCUUCCACCCGACAGAGAACCGCAUCAUCGGCAUCCUUGAUUGGGAAUUGUGCACACUUGGUAGCCCCCUCGCAGACCUUGCGUGUCUCACCCAGCCUUGGUGUAUCGACCCGGAGUUCAUCCCGAAGGAGGUCCGCUGGGGUGCGCUGGACGGUCUGAAAAACACGAAGGACAAGCCUAUCGAGCUCGACGUCCUCGAGCGAGAAUAUUGCAAGCUGACAAAAAUGUCAUAUCCCGUUCCCGACAUCAACUACGCAAGGAGCUGGAUGCUCAUGCGGCUGGCGGUCAAUUCCCAAGGAAUUGCGGCACGAUAUGCCCAAAGACAGGCCACGAGCGGCACUGAUCACGUAUACGUGAGAGCUGCUGUUAAUUUCUUCCCGAUCAUGGGGCAAAUCGCUCUGCGUUCCAUUGAAGAGGCGGGAGGAAGACUCGCAAGCAAAGCGAAGCUAUAA